AUGACUUCCCAAACCCCCACCCUCGGCUACGACGAUCUCGCUGGGAAGGCAAAAUCCUACUUCGCCGCCAUCGAUAACAAGGACCUCGAACUAGUUCUCUCCCUCUUUGUCCCCGAUGCCACUUUCACUGUUCAGACUGACCACGUGACAAUCACCGGCCUGGAAGAGCUCCGAUCCAUGUUCGUCGGCUUCAUGGGCUCGUCGAAAACAAUGCUUCAUGACAUUCAGCAUAUCACCGUCGACGAGCGCGCACGCAAAGUUUGCACCGAGCACAAAUAUGUCGGAGAGCUGGAGGACGGGACUAAGAAUGACAUGAAGAAUUGCAACUUUUUUGAUGUCGGUGAGGAUGGGCGGUUCACGAGAGUGGUGAUUUGGAUGGCCGGGGCGAACCCGUUGAAAUAG